GGGGCGGGGCUCUGUGGGACGUCGCGACGUUACGCUGCGCGUCCCGGGGGGCCUGCCGGAGCCGCCUGAACAGUCGCCGGGUGCGCGUCAUUGGUGCGCGCCGCGCCGGACUCCGCGGCUCCGGGCAGAGAGCGCGAUGGCGGCGCUGGGCGGCGGUGGGCUGCGGCUGCUGUCGGUGUCGGGGCCGGGGCGGGAGCCCGAGUCGGCGGCGCUGAACGGCGCGGGUCCUGGCCUGUGCUGCUGGGUGUCCGUGUGCUCGUGCCUCAGCCUCGCCUGCUCCUAUGUGGGCAGCCUCUACGUGUGGAAGAGCGACCUGCCCAGGGAUCACCCUGCUGUCAUCAAGCGGAGAUUCACCAGCGUACUCAUAGUGUCCAGCCUCUCUCCGCUCUGCGUGCUGCUUUGGAGGGAGCUCACAGGCCUCCAGCUAGGCAUCCCCCUGUUCACCCUGAUGGGCUUCAGGCUGGAGGGCAUCUUUCUCGCCGCCUUGCUGCCGCUGCUGCUGACCAUGGUGCGUGUCUUGGAGGUCCUGUUCCUGGGUCCCCUGAUACAACUCUCCAUGGACUAUCCCUGGGACCUGGUCAAUGGGCUGAAAGGGGCCCUGGCCCCCCAGGCCUGGGUGCAAUGCCUAACGGACAUGAGAUGGCUGCGGAACCAGGUGAUCGCUCCUCUGACCGAAGAGCUGGUGUUUCGGGCCUGCAUGCUGCCCAUGCUGGCCCCCUGCACGGGCCUGGGCCCUGCCAUCUUCACCUGCCCCCUCUUCUUUGGUGUUGCCCACUUCCACCACGUGAUUGAACAGCUCCGUUUCCGCCAGGGCAGUGUAGGGAGCAUCUUCUUGUCGGCUGCAUUCCAGUUCUCCUACACGGCGGUCUUUGGGGCGUACACGGCCUUUCUCUUCGUCCGCACAGGGCACCUGAUUGGACCCGUCCUCUGUCAUUCUUUCUGCAAUUACAUGGGCUUCCCUGCGGUCUGUGCCGCCCUGGAGCACCCCCAGAGGUGCCCCCUGCUGCUGAGCUAUGCCUUGGGCGUGGGGCUCUUCAUGCUCCUGCUGCAGCCCCUCACAGACCCCAAACUGUACAGCAGCCUCCCCCUCUGCCUGCUCCUGGACCGAACCUGGGAUUCAGCUCCGCCCCUGUGCUCCUGACCUCUGCCUCCUCCCUGUGGACUCUCAGGAGAGGGAUGUGGGGGAGGGAGGGGCGCCGGGGUCCCUGAGAUCUCAGGAAUUCUGGGAGGGGGCAGGGCCUGGCCUCCCUUCGGCCCCUCCCCCCAAGCUGCUCCGUCUCUGGACAGUUGUUCCCCUGCACUCCUGGGCCUCCUCGAAGCUGCUUGGGGGAUGGGAGAGAGUAGACCCCAGCCUUCUCGUCCAUCUGUCCGUCAUCCUGUCACCUUCGUCUUUUUGCAUCAGACUUUAUAUUCGAAUAUUAAAGAAUUUUAACUUGG